AGGGCAGCCUGAGGCAGCCCUGCCCUCCCCGGGAAGGCUCUUCUGCCACGCCUGCUCUGGGGCAGCCCCUGGGAGGGUUCAGGGCACUCCUCCAGCUCCGGCUGAAACCACAUCAAACCCACACCUACGGGAGGACAGCGGCGUGGCAAGAGGGGGGAGGGAAGACAGGCAGGACAAACGCAACUCACAUGCCAGACUCGCAGCCGGCUCUUCCUACAGCGAGCGGAUCCCGGGCGCUCCCGGGCAGCCGUGACCCGGCAGAGGGAAUAAGGAUGAGACACCACCCGGGGAGCGCUGGAGGCGGCUGCAGCACCGCGGGCAGCGCCCACCCCGUCCGACCGUGCUGAGCAGGGCUCAGCACCGCGGACAGAGCAGGUUCAGCAUCACGGACAGCGGAGGUUCAACACCAGGACAGAGGAGGUUCAGCACCCCGGACAGAGGAGGUUCAGCACCCCGGACAGAGGAGGUUCAGCACCCCGGACAGAGGAGGUUCAGCACCCCGGACAGAGGGAAUUCAGCACCCCGGACAGAGGGAAUUCAGCACCCCGGACAGAGGGGAUUCAGCACCCCGGACAGAGGGAAUUCAGCACCCCGGACAGAGGGGUUUCAGCACCCCGGACAGAGGGAUUUCAGCACCCGGACAGAGGGGUUUCAGCACCCGGACAGCGGUCCAGUGGUCCCCCAGCACCGCGGGCCAUGGGCGGCCGCGCCCGCUCCGCGCCCCCGCACUGAGCGCAGCCGGUAACACAUGCUGAGGACCAGCAAUCCCUGAAAGAUGCAUCGAAGGCACACCACGCUCCGGGAGAAGGGCCGGAGACAGGCCAUCCGGGGCCCAGCCUACAUGUUCAACGAGAAGGGCACCAGCCUCACGGCAGAGGAGGAGCGUUUCCUCGACUCCGCCGAGUAUGGCAACAUCCCCGUGGUGCGGAAAAUGCUGGAGGAAUCCAAAACCCUGAACUUCAACUGCGUCGACUACAUGGGGCAGAACGCCCUCCAGCUGGCCGUGGGGAACGAGCACCUGGAAGUGACGGAGCUGCUCCUCAAGAAGGAGAACCUGGCCCGGGUCGGGGACGCCCUGCUGUUGGCCAUCAGCAAGGGCUACGUGCGCAUCGUGGAAGCGAUCCUGAACCACCCGGCCUUCGCGCAGGGCCAGCGCCUCACGCUCAGCCCCCUGGAGCAGGAGCUGCGGGACGACGACUUCUACGCUUACGACGAAGACGGAACCCGCUUCUCCCACGACAUCACCCCCAUCAUCCUCGCCGCCCACUGCCAGGAGUACGAGAUCGUCCACAUCCUGCUCCUCAAAGGCGCGCGGAUCGAGAGGCCGCACGACUAUUUUUGCAAGUGCAACGAAUGUAUCGAGAAGCAGAGGAAGGACUCCUUCAGUCACUCCCGCUCCAGAAUGAAUGCCUACAAAGGAUUAGCCAGUGCUGCUUAUUUGUCCCUUUCCAGUGAAGACCCUGUCCUUACUGCCCUAGAGCUAAGCAAUGAACUGGCCAGACUAGCCAACAUUGAAACUGAAUUUAAGAACGACUAUCGGAAGUUAUCUAUGCAAUGCAAGGACUUUGUGGUGGGGGUGCUGGACCUGUGCAGGGACACUGAGGAAGUGGAGGCCAUUCUGAAUGGAGAUGUCAACAUCCACUUGUACCCCGAGCACCACCGGCCAAGCCUGAGCAGGAUUAAACUUGCCAUUAAAUACGAGGUCAAGAAGUUUGUUGCUCACCCCAACUGCCAGCAGCAGCUGCUCACCAUGUGGUACGAGAACCUCUCCGGCCUGCGGCAGCAAUCCAUAGCUGUGAAGUUCUUGGCUGUCUUUGGAGUCUCCAUUGGCCUGCCCUUCCUUGCCAUAGCCUACUGGAUUGCUCCCUGCAGCAAGCUGGGCCGGACCCUCAGAAGUCCUUUCAUGAAGUUCGUGGCGCACGCGGUGUCUUUCACCAUCUUCCUGGGACUGCUGGUGGUGAACGCGUCGGAUCGAUUCGAGGGAGUCAAAAACCUCCCCAACGAGACCAUCACCGACCACCCGAAACAAAUAUUCAGAGUCAAAACCACCCAGUUCUCGUGGACAGAACUGCUCAUCAUGAAGUGGGUGUUGGGUAUGAUCUGGUCCGAGUGCAAGGAGAUCUGGGAAGAGGGGCCACGGGAAUACGUGGUGCAUCUCUGGAACCUUCUGGACUUUGGGAUGCUGUCCAUCUUUGUAGCAUCAUUCACUGCCAGGUUCAUGGCUUUUCUCAAAGCCUCUGAAGCACAACAGUACGUGGACCAGUACGUUCAAGACGACGACCUCAACAAUGUCACCCUUCCCCCUGAAGUUGCUUACUUCACCUAUGCCAGGAACAAGUGGCUCCCCUCGGAUCCCCAGAUCAUUUCAGAAGGCCUGUAUGCCAUAGCUGUGGUACUCAGCUUCUCCCGCAUUGCUUACAUUCUUCCAGCCAACGAAAGCUUCGGCCCCCUGCAGAUCUCCCUGGGGAGGACUGUGAAGGAUAUCUUCAAGUUCAUGGUCAUCUUCAUCAUGGUGUUCCUCGCCUUCAUGAUUGGGAUGUUCAACCUUUACUCCUACUACCUUGGUGCAAAGUACAACCCCGCCUUCACCACGGUAGAAGAAAGUUUCAAAACCUUAUUCUGGUCAAUAUUUGGCUUAUCUGAAGUGAUAUCUGUGGUGCUGAAGUACGACCAUAAAUUCAUUGAGAACAUCGGGUAUGUACUCUACGGAGUCUAUAACGUGACCAUGGUGGUGGUGCUGCUCAACAUGCUGAUAGCCAUGAUCAACAACUCCUAUCAGGAAAUUGAGGAGGAUGCAGAUGUGGAGUGGAAGUUUGCACGUGCCAAGCUCUGGCUGUCCUACUUUGACGAAGGAAGGACUUUACCUGCUCCUUUCAAUCUAGUGCCAAGCCCUAAAUCAUUUUAUUAUCUCAUACUGAGAAUAAAAAUGUGCCUCAUAAAACUCUGCAAAUCUAAGGCCAAAAACUGUGAAAAUGAUGUUGAGAUGGGGAUGCUGAAUUCCAAACAACGGAAAGUUCGUUUUCACUCAAUCAUUCAAAACACAGAGAAUUUUUCGGGGAAGAACGCUUAUAACAAGCCCACAAGAUAUCAGGUGACAGCCCUACCUCCCUCUGGAUUCUACUACCUUGGCCAUCUUCAACACACCAAAAUCAUGAAGCGUCUGAUCAAACGAUACGUGCUCAAGGCUCAGGUUGACCGAGAAAACGAUGAGGUCAACGAAGGAGAACUUAAAGAGAUCAAACAAGACAUUUCUAGUCUGCGCUAUGAACUCUUGGAAGAGAAGUCCCAAGCUACUGGUGAGCUGGCAAAACUAAUACAGCAGCUGAGUGACAAGUUUGGGAAGACCUUAAAUAAGGACAUUUGAUGGUGAAUACAGAGAGAGGCAACUGGUUUUCUUAACAUUAUUCAGUCUCAACCAGCAUCUUAGGAGGGGGAAAACCACGUAAAAGAUGGGUACUGCACACUCAGCUUUCGCUGCAGCAAGUGCUGGGAGGAGCACUUUGCACCUCUCCUGCGCUUGGUGAGUCACCAGUUAAACCUUUUGUGAUACAAAAGCGACUUAUUGGUAAAAAUAUAUGCCCUUUGACAUCAGAAAUAGGUGCACCACAGAGAAGGCACCUCCAGUUAAAGGCAAAAAAUGCAGAUCUUCAUCCAUCUGACUCCAGAGAAGACAAUACAACUGUGCUCACUUAUAGCAACUGAGACUGUCCUGACCAGAAUUGGGUGAAGCCUGAAGAAAAAAAAAAAUGUGCCAAACAUAUUCCCUGCAAAAUGUUUUCAAUUCCUAUUCUUGGGUGUGUAUUCUCCUUUUAUAAAUGUUUACAUGGGCAGCCAUGAAGAAAACCCUGAACAGCACUGUGGCUCAUGGAAAACAAAAAUCACCUGCUGAAAUGACCAAGGCAGGGUAGGACACAGAGAGACUGGAUGACAGCACUGGGGAAAAAAAAUGGAUCGAGCUUGUGGAAAAAAAUCAUCCCUUCACCCCUCUGCUAGAAGCUGAUAAAAGGAUUUCCAGCCAAAAACUCCUCUCCACCUUUUCCAGCUGUGUUUCCAGCUGUGGAUGUGGGCUCUUGGUAUGCACCCAGCCUCUCUUCUGUCCUUAACUCAUCCCACCUCUGACAACAGCGUACUGAAACAUCCAUGCUGAUGUGAAAGUCACUUCCCAGGAAUACCCACAGAUAAAAUAAAUGCCCUGUGCUAAUGUGUUCAGUUCCAGGAACAACAUUCAUCCAGAGAUAGCAAGGCAACAGAGCUCAGCUUUUCGGAUUGCAAGACCAAACAGCAAAGCCAUAGGGUGAGAUCAGUCACGAAGAACAAGCCCUUUAAAUUAAUACAGAAAGGCUUUGAUUGAACAUUCUGACAAAAAAAAGAAAUUAAAAAAAGGGAAAGAAAGGGAAAAUCAGUGUAGAAAUGAUUGUCUUAAGUGUUUGGCUCUUACAGAGGAUGAGGAAGGGAUUAAAACCAUUCUAAGGCUGAGGUAAAACAAGGACUCAGAUCCCACUUUUUCAACAGGAAGGUGAUGAGUCCGUGCAAACAUCGUGGAUUUCUUGGGAUUUCCCAGUUAGCUCCAGGAUUUCAACUACUUAAAGCACACCUUACCACAUGGGACCCACGGAACUGCACUGUUUGUUUACAAGAGGCACCUCUAAAAUGAACGGGGCAUUUAGGGAUCAGCUGAGACAAACAAACAAGCAGAGCCAGAAGGUGACCUGUGACCAGUUCUUAAGUGCCAGAUGAGAAUACAGAUAGCCUAAUAGAAUAAUAGUUAUAUUUGUACAAAAAAAAAUAAAAAUCAAAGAAAACAAAAAAAAAGUGUACUGUACGUAGAUCUGU